CUAGCUUGUGUAUCAUCAUCAUCAUCAUGAAUACUACUACUAAUAAUCCUUAUCAAAAAAGUAAACAGUCUUUCAAGGUGUGCUUCUGUUUCAAAAGAAGAUUUAAGCUUCGAGCAAUAGAUCCACCAGAAGACGUUAAGAGACUUUUUAACGAGUACUCGGAGAAUGGCACUAUGACCGUGGAUCACCUGACUCAGUUUCUGAAACAGGUCCAAAAAGAAGAAAACCCUACCAAAGAAGAUGCUGAAGCCAUUUUCAAUAGUGUUAAGCAUCUCAAGAUCUUUCACAGAAAUGGCCUCCAUUUGCAUGCUUUUUUCAGAUAUCUCCUUGGCGAUCUCAAUCAACCUCACAAGUCUACGGUGCAUCAUGAUAUGACUGCUCCAUUAUCUCAUUAUUACUUAUUUACUGGACACAACUCCUACUUAACGGGAAAUCAACUCAGCAGCGACAGUAGUACUAAACCCAUCAUUAACGCACUGAAUCGAGGAGUUAGAGUUAUCGAAUUGGAUCUGUGGCCUAACUCUGCAAAAAACGAUGUAGAAGUUCGCCAUGGAGGGACUCUGACUAGUUCAGUGGCAUUGGGGGAUUGUCUACGUGCUAUUAAGGAACAUGCGUUUAAAGUAUCUGAGUUUCCUGUUAUCAUAACGUUCGAGGAUCACCUCCCUCCAAAUCUUCAAGCUAAAGUGGCAGAGAUGGUGACUACGACGUUCGGGACCAUGCUGUACUGCCCAGGAUCAGAUUAUCUAGAGGAAUUCCCAUCCCCUGCAGCCUUGAAAAAUAGGGUUAUGAUCUCAACUAAGCCACCAGAGUAUCGUGAAUCUCAUCAUCGACAUGAGAGUGGUAGUAGUAGCACUACUCAUAAUACUAAAAGAAAGCAAAAGUACAAGCAAUCAGAUGAUGAUGAUGACGACGACGACGACGCUAGUUAUUAUAAUGCUAAUAAUAAUCUGGACAAUGACGACGACGACGAUGAUGAUGAAUACUACGAUGAAGAAGAAAACGUUAUUCCUGAGUAUAAGCAGCUUAUUGCUAUCCAUGCAGGGAAGCCCAAAGGUCUUCUACAAAAUUGGCUGUCUGAUCUUAAUUCUUCUGUUAAGAUCAAACGGCUUAGCUUGAGCGAGCAAGAGCUAGAGAGUGCAAUCAAGCAUCACGGAGCUGAUAUUGUCAAGUUUACUCAGAGAAAUUUUUUGAGAGUGUACCCCAAGGGUACGCGUUUCGACUCCUCUAACUAUAAUCCUAUGCUGGCAUGGAUGCACGGAGCUCAAAUGGUUGCAUUCAACAUGCAGGGGUACGGAAAGCACCUAUGGGUGAUGCAAGGAAUGUUCAAAUCCAACGGCGGGUGUGGCUAUGUGAAAAAGCCAGACUUUUUACUGUCAUCUAGUAUUCCUCAUGAUGUUGUUUCUGACAAUCGAAGAGUUAAGAUGAUUCUGAAGGUAAAAGUUUAUAUGGGUGAAGGUUGGCAUUCAGAUUUUCGACACACUCACUUCGAUCAAUUUUCUCCACCCGACUUCUUUGCAAGGGUGGGAAUAGCUGGAGUGCCAGGUGACCGGUCGGAGAUGAAGAAAACGAAGGCAGUUGAGGAUGAAUGGGCUCCAGCUUGGGAUCAGGAGUUCGAGUUCCGAUUAAGCGUUCCAGAAUUGGCUGUGCUUAGAGUGGAAGUGCAAGAGUACGACACUUCAGGCAACAACGACUUUGGGGGUCAAACAUCCCUUCCUGUUCUAGAGAUCAAAUCUGGAAUUCGAGCUGUUCCCUUGUCCAACAAAAAGGGUAUCGUGUAUAAAAACGUAAGACUUCUGAUGAAGUUCGAAUCCAUUCAAGUAUAAUUAAUACCACACCCACCUACGUACGUACCCAAAAACUACAUGAUACCUUUCAGGUAAUUAAUUUGUAGUACAUGUGUGAGUGUGUGACCAUGACCAUAAUAACCUUGAAACAUUAUUUGUUGUGUAAAAAAUCAAUGUAUUAUUGUCUCUCUCGUUUAAUUAAGGACUACAUAUUAUAAUAAGUAAUUAGUAGUACAUGGUCUUUGUACCUUUGUGCUAAUUAUAAACUA